CUGCCAUGACAACGAGUCCGCGCCCCGCGCAAGGCUGCCGCUCGGGCGGGACCCUGGCUGGACCGCGGGCCCCGGCCUGGGGGCACAGCUGCUACCGCCGCCGCCACCUCGUCUCCUCCCCGUCCCCGCCCCGCGUCUCCUCACCUCCCUCGGGUCCGCGGCCGGGGUCCCUCCCCGCCGCCCCAACCCUGCGCGGAUGCCGAAGGUGAAGGCGCUGCAGUGCGCCCUGGCGCUGGAGAUCCGCUGUGUAACUUGCCCAGGAGUGGUGCUGAAAGACAAGGAGGACAUCUAUCUUAGCAUCUGUGUGUUUGGCCAAUACAAAAAGACACAAUGUGUCCCAGCCAGUUUUCCACUGGUCUUCAAUGCCAGAAUGGUGUUUGAAAAGGUGUUCCCUGAAGCAGUAGACCCUGGAGAUGUGGUUGCACAGCUUGAAUAUGAUACAGCAUUGUUUGAGUUGAUUCAGCUAGUUCCGCCAGUGGGUGAAACACUGUCUACAUAUGAUGAGAAUACACGAGAUUUCAUGUUCCCGGGUCCAAAUCAGAUUUCUGGACACCAUGACUCAAACCGCCAGGCUACCAUGAGGAAGAUUUCUGGCCUUCACGGAAUUGCUCCAAAGCUGGAAUUUUCUACAACCUCAGUGAUUACCGAAUGUCUGAUAAGUUCAAGGAAGUGCCACACUCAGGAUAAAUUUAUUCACCAUACGGCUCCAGUUGAAAAAUCACAUGGCAGACUGCAAACCAGAACAUCAAGGUCACAAAAGAAAAACUCCAAAUCACCUGAGAGAAAUAAAUAUUGCAUAAAUGCAAAAAACUACGAACAGCCUACAAUUUCUUCAAAAUCACACUCUCCAUCUCCUUACACAAAAAGACGCAUGUGUGAGCUAUCUGAAGACACUAGGCAGCGGCUGGCGCAUUUAAAUCUGGGGCCCUAUGAAUUCAAAAAAGAAACAGAUAAACCUCCAUUUGUGAUUAGACAUGUUGAUCCCCCAAGUCCCAGGGCUGAUGCUUUAUUUGGAUCUUCUGGCAGAGACUGUGAAAGAAAUGGAUGGUCCAGGCUGCACAAUGAUCAUUCUCAUCUUCGCUGCUACCGACCCAAGGAUUAUAAGGUCAUCAGAACACCUCAUGGGAGAGACUUAGAUGACUCUUUGGAAAGAUGUGAUGACUAUUUGAGUUCAAGGUCACGUAGCAAGCCCCAGCAUUCAUCCAGGACCUCACUCGUUCAUUCAGCACCCUCUACAAUGCCGAAGCAUUCUCCAAGCCCUGUGUUAAAUCGUGCUUCUCUCAGGGAAAGAUUCCAUUCUGACUGGUGUUCACCUUCAAACUGCGAUGAGAUCCAUGACCGGGUAAAGAAUGUGUUGAAAUCACAUCAGGCUCAUCAGAGACAUUUAUAUGAUGAGAGAGACCCAGAGAAAGAAGAUGAACUGGAAUUGAAAAGAGGUCUUUUAUAUAGAGACUCUGCCUAUGACAGUGACCCAGAGUAUAGUUCAUUUCAGCAGCCACGUGGCACUCUCCAUUUGGAUGAUGGCGAAUACUGGUCCAACAGGGCAGCCUCUUAUAAAGGAAAAUCCUACCGACCCAUCUUUGAGAACAGCAUGGACAAGAUGUACAGGAGCUUAUACAAAAAGGCCUGUAGUUCUGUUUCUCAUACACAGGAAGGCUGCUGAGACCAGUGGUGAUAAACUGUAUGAGUGUCCUUGUCAACUUCUCAAUGAAAACAUGUGAUGUGAUCAGUAUCUGUAUUCCUUUUCUUUUAAACAGGUGGUUCUAAUUGAGUACAGUAGUUAGACUUGAAUAAGUUUAUUACUUCAAAUGAUAAAUUAUCAUGGGCAAACCUUCUUUUUCCAAUCACAGUAAAGAAUGCUAUAUUCUAAAAGUCAAAGCUCUGCAACACAAUUACAACCUCCAUUGUGAUUCUGAGAAGGCUGUUCUGUCACAUCUCUCUCAUAUCACCAGCUACAAAUCCAAAAACAGAUUCUCUCUAGAAAUGUUCUUCUGCCUUAAUCACCUUGUAAUUUUCUUUUCACCUACUUGACUGGUUAUCUUGUCUAAGAUUUAAUUAUUAUUAUUAACUCUCUUUUCUUGGUCAUGAGCAAAAAGAUAUACUGUACGAAGAUGAAUUUCCUAGGAGUUUAAACCCUGUUUUAACUAGUAUUUUCUACCGUUUGCUCCCUCAGAAAAGGCUAUUGAUAUGUCUUAGCUCCUAAGAUACAGCUUUCUUUUUAAAGUUUCUAUAAUCAUUCACUCCCUCUUCUCUAAAAGACCUACCUAAGUUACUUAAAAUGCUUAACAGUUAGUAGAAAUAGCAAUGGCCAUGGGUGAUCCACAGUGUGCAUAACUGAUUUUCAAAGACAGAAUUUUUUGCAUGAUUUUCUUCUAGAGCCAUAUCUUUGGUGCAUCCAGAAUCAGAAAAUAGCCUUUGUUAAUAAGCCUGUAGAGACUCAGAAAGAAUAAGGGACUUAUAUUGUAAUUCCACCUCUUUAGAGUUUUCAUAGGUAUCAAAUAGCCCAAGAAAGUAGCAUCCUUACUUUAAAGGACACUUGGAACCAUAAAGUGGAGGAAAAUAUUAGAGCGUAACUCUUUGUACCAGAAAGUUGUUAGUUGAGAAAAUUAGCUUCUCCCCCACGCCCCAAACACACCUAUGAGGCCAGUGAGGCUUUGAAGAUAUGAAGAAAUCAGUUACCUUGUAUUCACCAGAGUGAGUGGAAGAAAAGCAGAGAAUAGGACAUGGUAAACUUGGCUUAUAAACUUAAAGAGUUGACUACAAGGUAAUGUUUUCUCAUUGACUCCAUCUUUGGUUAAUUUUAUAGUUAUGAUCUUAAAAGAAAAAACUUGAGUUAAACUCUAUUUAAAUUGGAAUCAGCAUGUAAAAUUGGGUGAUUUAUUUUUGUAAUAGGAGAAAAUACAUAAUACUUGUUAUCCAGUAAUAAGACUUUUUUACUUUGUGUUUGAGUGUUUUAUCUGUGGCAAUCUGCAAGGUAUUGGCAAGCACAUCAGAGAUAGGAGCCAGGUGUCCUAGGCUAUAGAUCUCUGGUCCUUAGUUUCCUCAGUUAUCAAAUGGAGAGAAUGGAGUAGGUCAGCAUUUCCUGAACCAUGUUCUGUAGACCACUGUUCUAGGAGAUGGCUAUAGGAAAUAUAAGUAUUUCAUUGAUCAUGUAAGUUUAGGAAAAAGCUAUGCACUAUAUUCACACCCCUCAAACUUAGAGAGUCAUGCGUAUGAUAACAGGAGUGAAAGGGGGUCUACUGAUGCUGAGAAAACAGUGGUAAACUGGAGCUGUCCGGGCAAACUACAUAUGGUCAUCUUAGUCAUAGUAAACAGUAGCAUGUUAGAGGCUCUAAGAAAUCCUGGCAUAAAUAUGUUUUGCUCUAGCGUCUAGAAGAAAGUCUGACACAUAGUUGGUGCUCAUUAAAUAUUUAUUGAAUUAACCCAGAAUUUCCUAAACUAAAUUGAGUGUGUAACAAUAUUUGUUGUUAUGGUUAUCUUUCCCCUCCCAUUCUGCUCCCCCAACUCCCCAUACUUCCUCUGAAAUGCCAUCUGCAGGUACAUGUGGGCACAGUCAGGGAAAUACUGGACUACACAAUCACUGAGCUACCCUCUGGCUGUAAGUUGUAUGUUGAUGUUUUGUAUAAGCUUUUGAAGGUCAACAUUGAAUGAUGGUUUUUAAAAAAAAUGAUAUGUUCAACGAAACUUAGUAUUUUUUCCCUUUGGUAGAAACAAAUGAAAAAUUCCUCCCUUUAAAAGUUGCUUCUGGUGAAAAGAACAAAUAUGAACUUUAAAGAAAAUAUUUGCUCUCAUAGAAAAUCUCCUGAGUGAAUAAGUAUCACAAAAAUUACUUAUUGUACCUAUAUUUGCCAUUGUCAUACAAAGGCCACCAAAAAAAAUGGGUCUCAAAGGGGAACUUUAGAAAGUGUUAAUUUGAAAGACAUUUUCCUAUGGAUUAAAUUUGACAUCUCUGUGAAGGAUCGGAUGUAAAUUUCCACAUAUGUAGCAUCUUUGCUAAGUGUCUAUUUCCAUUCCCUAGGGGAAAGAGUGGUUUUUGUUGCUAUCCUUAACUAUUACUGUGAAUUCUUAUGUUGUAUUAUCAUUUAAGAGUAAAACCUUUAAGUACUAAUAGUUGCCUUUUCUCAUUGAAAGAAUCAGAAAGGUGCAGUAGUUUUUUCUCUUAAUCUUUUUUUAAUAUCCCCUAAAAUCUAGUAAUAGUUACUAGGCUUAAUAUGAAAGAUAAAUAGGUCUGUCCUUUUCUUUUUAAUGUAACUUUUCCUUUAAGUUAAAAAAAGAAAAAAGAACCCGGGAAUUUUAGGAAGGAAAAUGUUAAUUCAACUAAGAAAAAAGAUGAAUCAUUGGACUGAGAAUGAGUUCUCCCUGGUUUCACUACUAGUUGUAUAACUUUGUUUAAGUCAUUUAUCCUUCUUGGAGCUCAGUUUUCUUACCUGUAAGGUGAGGAAGGGGUUAAUUUAGAAUGACCUUUUAAUGUUCCAACAUUUUUCUAGUUCUAUAAUUGAUCAAUAUAGAAGAUUAGGAAGUUCUAGGCAGCAGAGUUGUGUUGUGAUUUCAAAGAUAAAGCCCUUGAUUAAAAAUCUGGACCAAAUGGAGAAUUCUCAUUAUUGUGUUCAUUUUCUAAUAAUAGGUUUUUUGAGAUAGUUAAUAUACUUACAAAAUUCACCCUUUAAAAGUAUACAGUUGAGUGGUUUUUAGUAUAUUCACAGAGUUGUGCAACUGUAACCACUAACUAUGUAUAAAAUAUUUCAUCACCCCAGAAGGAAAUCCUGUACCCAUUAGCAAUCACUCCUCAUUCCCUUCUCCCCUCAGCUCCUGGCAACCACUAAUCUACUUUCUGUUUCUGUGCUUAUUCUGGACAUUUCGUAUGAGUGGGAUUAUAUAAUACGUGACUUUUGUGUCUGGCUUCUUUCACGUAGCAUAAGGUUUUCGGAACUCAUCCCUGUUGUAACAUGUAUCAGUACUUCAUUUCUUUUUAUUACUAAAAAAUAAUCCAUUGUAUGGAUAUAUCACAUUUUAUUAAUCCAUUCAGGUGGGCAUUUCAUUGUUCCCACUUUGGGGAUAUUAUGAAAAAUGCUGGUACUGUUAACAUUUGUGAACUUUGUGAAGACAUAUCUUUUUAUUUCUCUUGAGUAUACACUUAGGAGUGGAAUUGUUGGAUCAUAUGGAAACUCUAUGUUUAACAUUUUGAAGAACUGCCGAACUGUCUUCCAAAGUGACUCAACCAUUUUACAAUUAUUAUGUUUAUUUUUAUCUUACCUUAGGAACUUAGGCUAGUUACACAUUCAAGCACUCAUUCACCCAUUUAUCACAUAUUUAUUGAGCACUGUGUUAGAUAUAGAGUAUAAAAUUUUUUAAUGUAUCUUUCCACAAGCAUGCAGAUUCUAUUGAGAGAGACAAAUAACAGUGUAUUUCAACAUUUACAGUGGUUUGGUAACUUCUAUGAUAUAAGAAUGCAAGAAUGAGGAUAGGGCAUGGUAGCUUGAUGCAACAGAACCUGCAAAAGUGUGAAAAUGGGAGAGAGCAUGAUUGUUCAGGAAGCUCCAAGUGCUUUAGCUGGAGAUUAUGUGCAAGGUUGCAACCACUUUGGUGGGACAGUUAAGAGGACCGCAAAGUGAACAACAGGCCUGGAGCAGCAUUAGAUGUGGUAACUUUUGAGCUGGACAUUGAAAGAUGGGAAGGACUUUUGUGUAUAGGAAACCAAGAUGGAAUAAACUCAAUAUUGGUCAGCUUUUAUGAGGGUGGAGGUGGGAUUGAGGAAAAUAUCCAGUAAUCAGUUAAAGAUCUAGAACUUGGGAGAACUCAAGAAUACAAAAUGGAUUUUUGAAGUAAGAUCAAAAUAAUGAAUUCAGAUCAAAAUAAACAAAAGCUCUAUGUUGUUCAUGUCCUAAUUUGUAUGUGACCAUAAUAGGUGCCCUGAGAGUAGUGGAACCCAAGUAAUUGUACUUUUUACUUAUUACUGAGGCCAUUGUGGUAGUGAGUUAGUUUGAGGGCCCCCUUUUAGAAAUUAAGAAAGAUAUUCUCCUCCCAAUCCCAGAUUGUCUAACUAGCUAGAAAUUUAUGUACAAAAUGAAGAGGUAAGAGGGAAAAGCAAACUUUCUGUUAUUGAGUUAUGAGAGUAUUAUUUAUCUCUGAAUGAUGUACUUUGAGUUUAGUUAUAUGAAAUUCCUUAGACAGCCAGAACUUGUGACUAUUCACCCAUUUAACAAAUAUUAUUGAAGGUCUACUCAGUUUCAGGCAAUCUGCAAGGCACUGACUGACAUCUAGAGAUAAACAUAAACCUAGUUCCUGACCCUAGUUUGUGGGAGGAGACUGACAUUUACUUAUUAACGGUGAGAGAAGUACUAUAGUAGAUAGAAAUGCUAUAAGGUUUGCAAAUAUUUUCUCCUAUUCCAUUGGUCGUCUUUUCAUCCUGUUGAUUGUUUUCUUUGCUGUGCAGAACCUUUUUAAUUUGAUGUAGUUCCACUUUGUCUAUUUUUGCUUUUGUUACCGUUGCUUUUAGUGUCAUAUCCAAGAAGUCAUUGCCAAGACCAAUGUCAAGAAGAUGUACCCCUAUAUUUUCUAUAGGAGUUUUACAGUUUCAGGUCUUAUGUUUAAAUCUUUAAUCCACGUUGACUUGAUUUUUAUGUAUGGUAUAAGGUAAGGGUCCAAUUUCUUUUUUUAUCUUUUUUUUGCAUGUUGAUACUACAAUUUUCCAAACACCACUUGUUGAAGAGACAAUUUUUCCCCAUUGUAUGUUCUUGGCACCCUUGUCAAAGAUCAGUUGACUGUAUGUUUUACUUUAUUUCUGGGCUCUCUGUUCUGUUCCAUUGCUAUUUGUCUGUCUUUAUGCCAGUACCAUACUGUUUUAAUUACUAUGGGUUUGUAAUUUAGUUUGAAAUCAGGACUGUGAUGCCUCCAGCUUUUUUGUUCUUUCUUAAGAUCAUUUUGGUUAUUCUGAGUCUUUUGUGGUUCUAUAUGAUUUUAUGAUUGUUUUUUCUAUUUCUAUAAAAAAUGUCAUUGGAUUUUGAUGGGCAUAACAAUGAAUCUGUAUAUCACUUUGGGUAGUGGACAUUUUAACAAGCCACAUGGUAACCACAAAAAAAACCCCCAAAA